AUGCGUUCUCACGGUGUUUGCCAGCUGCUUGUUGCUGCGGUAGCUCUCAUUUUUUCCUCGACAGCGUCCCCAGUCGAAACGCGCAGUGAUGUUGCCAAGCGAGCUGCUCCCAUCUCCCCAAAGGUCGUCAUCAUCAGCAUGUUUGCCCCCGAGGCGGAGGUCUGGUACGGCAUCAAGGAGUUCGACCUCCUGGCCCAGAACAUCACCGUGCCGGGUCUCUCGCCUCUGUUCCCAGAAAUCCACUGCACCGCCAAAGGCGAUGUCUGUCAGGUGGUGACCGGGGAAUCCGAAAUCAACGCGGCCUCGACCAUCAGCGCCUUUGUGCUCAGUCCCAAGUUCAACCUCACCAAGACAUACUUUAUGGUGGCGGGGAUUGCAGGCGUGAACCCCAAGGUGGCGACGCUGGGGGCUGUGACCUUUGCCAAGUACGCGGUCCAGGUUGCGCUGCAAUAUGAGUUUGAUCUGCGAGAUAUACCGUCGAACUUUACGACCGGGUACAUUCCAUUUGGUGUCGACGCUCCGGAUGAUUAUCCUGAAACGAUCUACGGCACCGAGGUCUUUGAAGUCAACGAAGCGCUCCGCGACGUGGCCAUCAGCUUCGCGACUGGGGCUAAGCUCAACGACAGCGCGGCCAGCAAGGAGUACCGAGCCAAGUACGCGGCCGAGAGCAUCUACGCGGCGGGAGCGCGGGGACCGAGCGUGCUGGGCUGCGACGUGGCGACGUCGGACGUGUACUACUCCGGGACGCACCUGUCGGAGGCGUUUGAGAACACGACGACGCUCUGGACCAACGGGUCGGGCGUAUACUGCACGACGGCGCAGGAAGACAAUGCGAGCCUGGAAGCGAUCCUGCGGGCCGCGGCGCGCAACCUGACCGACUUUUCGCGCGUCAUCGUCAUGCGCACCGCCUCGGACUUUGACCGCCCGCCCCCCUCGGUCAGCGAGAUCCAGAACCUCCUGUACGUCGACCAGGGCGGCUUCCCGCCCGCCAUCCAAAACAUCUACAUCGCCGGCGUGCGCGUCGUCGACGGCAUCCUCGCCGGCUGGAACAGCACCUUUGCAAAGGGCAUCCCCGCGACGAACUACGUCGGCGACAUCUUCGCCACCCUCGGCGGCACGCCGGACUUUGGCCAGCCGAGCGAGUUCAUCACCAGGCGCAAGGCCAAGAGGGCCGAGGAUGAGGUCCAGCACGUCCAGGGAAAUCUGAGGAUGCGCAGGGCCGCGGAGAGCGCGAGACGGAGGGCUGCGGCUGUCAAAGCCGGAGAGGUUAUGCCUUAA